CGAGGUAUCACUUAGCACAUUUCUCCACAAGAUAGUGGGAAACGUGUUAUUAUUUCGGUUUUAUUCACUGCCAUGUUUGUCGUAAGAGAAUUUAAUUUGCGUUCAUGUAGCUGUUUUCAAAGAGAGAUGAAAGUAGGCGACGAUAUUUAUUAGGUAGCAAACACAGUUACCAGACAGCUAACGACUGUGUUCAUAGAGAGGAGCAACCACCGUUACCUGGGUUAGUCAUAAACAAGUCUUAGCAAACACCUCUUCGUUAAAAGACUCGUCGACAUGAUCCUGUCUCGUGUGAAGCCAGCUGUGGGAGGAGAGACACCGGUGAGCAUCAGUGAAAAGAAGAAGAAAAACAAAACGAAGGUUCCCCGCUUGGAAGAAUACCUGCAACAGAGAGACUACCUUGGAGCCAUGACAUUGUUAGAGUUUCAGAGAAGUAUUGGAGAAAAAGAGGAGCAUGCAGACUGCUGGAUCGGCUACUGCGCCUUCCACUUGGGUGAUUACAAGAGAGCUAUGGAGGAGUAUAAGUCUUUGACCCGGAACCCUGAAUGUCCUGCUGAGGUGUGGGUCUAUCUGGCCUGUGCCCUGUUUUUUCUGGGGCUCUAUAAAGAUGCCGAGGAGGCUGCAUCUAAGGCACCAAUGUCCCCCCUCCAAAACCGGCUGCUCUUCCACUUGGCUCACAAGUUCAACGAUGAGAAGAAGCUGAUGGGUUUCCACCAGAACUUGGAGGAUGUGACUGAGGACCAGCUGAGCCUGGCAUCCAUCCACUACAUGCGUUCCCACUAUCAGGAGGCCAUAGACAUCUAUAAACGCCUGCUGCUGCAGAACAGAGACUUCCUGGCUCUGAAGGUGUACGUGGCUCUGUGCUACUACAAGCUGGACUACUACGACGUGUCCCAGGAGGUGUUGGCCGUGUACCUGCAGAGCAUCCCCGACUCCACGAUCGCUCUCAACCUCAAGGCCUGCAACCACUUCAGGCUUUACAACGGCAAGGCAGCCGAGGCUGAGUUGAAGAACCUAAUCGACAUCUCCUCCUGCUCCUUUGAGUUUGCUAAGGAGCUUAUCCGACACAACCUGGUGGUGUUUCGUGGCGGGGAGGGGGCGUUGCAGGUUCUGCCUCCUCUGAUCGAUGUGAUCCCUGAGGCCAGACUCAACCUGGUCAUCUACUAUCUCAGACAAGAUGACGUGCAGGAAGCUUACAACCUCAUUGAAGAUUUGGUUCCCACCACACCUCAGGAGUAUAUUUUGAAAGGAGUGGUAAAUGCCGCAUUGGGCCAAGAAAUUGGAUCAAGGGAUCACUUGAAAAUUGCUCAGCAGUUCUUUCAGUUGGUUGGAGGCUCGGCUAGUGAAUGCGAUACGAUUCCUGGCAGACAAUGCAUGGCCUCCUGCUUCUUCCUCUUAAGGCAGUUUGAAGAUGUUCUCAUAUAUCUCAACUCUGUCAAGGGUUACUUCUACAAUGAUGAUACGUUCAACUUCAACUAUGCUCAGGCUAAAGCAGCGCUUGGCAACUACAAAGAGGCAGAAGAGAUUUUUCUGCUCAUUCAGAGUGAAAAGAUCAAGAAUGACUAUGUUUACCUGAGCUGGCUGGCACGGUGCUACAUAAUGAACCAGAAGGGUCAGCUUGCCUGGGAGCUCUAUCUGAAGAUGGGCACUUCCUCAGAUUCCUUCAGUUUGCUGCAGCUCAUUGCAAACGACUGCUACAAGAUGGGUCAGUUCUACCAUGCAGCCAAAGCGUUUGAUGCACUGGAGAAGCUUGACCCGGGCUCCAACUACUGGGAGGGCAAAAGAGGAGCGUGUGUCGGCAUCUUUCAGCUCAUUCUAGCAAACAAGGAGUCCAAGGAGACCCUUAAAGAGGUUCUGGUCCUCCUGCGAAAUUCAGGAAACCCACAGGUUGAGUACAUCAUUCGAGCUCUGAGGAAGUGGGCCAAAGACAACAGAGUCCUCCUGUCGUGACGGAUUCAGCGCUGAACUUGUGCUCACUGCAGGCGUACAGUAGGAGAAGAUACAAUAUGCAGACGUCAGCAGUCGUCACAGGUCAUUUGGCUGUGAGAGGAAUGUAUGAAUGACAUCUAUGCCAGAUAAAUAGAUAUAGACACUUCUCUGCUUUACAGUUGUGAUUUGUAUCAAAAGUAUCUAUUCUAUUCAAUUGCAAUUCUCUAUGUACUUGUAUAUUUGUAUUAAAAUGUGACUGUAUUUUUAAAUUA